CUGAAAACUAGAACGAUGAUUAUCUGCUUUUCUCAUUCAUUUCUGUACCAAUACCUACUUAUGUUCGUACGUGUAGUUCGCUUUAAGCAGUACAUAGUAUUUUCGACUUUUUAAAAGUAUUUUUCUGAAGAUUUUUCAUUUUUUACAAAGGUGUUUUUGCGGUGUAUAAACAGUUACACGAAGUGUUUUUCAAGUUUUUUAAACAGAAACGCGUAUAGGUAUCUAGUGAUUGAAAGAUGUCGUUUUCAGCAAAGCCACAGUGAAUGCGAGGAAGAAGUGGCUGGACACGUGCGUUAGGCCAUUCGAACAGAGGAGAGAUCUUGUACGAACGAAAUCAGAAAUCCAUCCCAAACACAGAUUUCACCAACAAAAAAUUGGUAUUAUUCAGCAGAAUGGAUAACACACGCGCAAUGCCUUCGCUGGUUGAUGGGCUUAAAUCCGGAUCGCGAAAGGUUAUUUACACGUGCCUUAAAAAGGACCUUAACCGCGAGUUGACAGUCGCCCAGUUAGCAGGUUCUGUUGCUGAUUCUAUGUGUUACUUUCAUGGCGAAGAUAUGAUUGUCAAGUUGGCGCAGAAUUACGUCGGUAGCUGCAAUAUUAAUUUACUAGAACCAAUCGGACAGUUCGGUUCGAGGCUGCAGGGUGGCGGUGACGCUGCGAAUCCUCGAUGUAUUUCUACUAAAUUGAAUACGAUAACCAGACUAAUUUUUCAUCCCGAAGAUGACGAUUUGCUAAAAUAUCGCACCGAAGAAAACCGCCAAUUUGAGCCCGAAUACUACGCGCCGAUCGUACCGAUGCUAUUGAUUAACGGAGCAGAAGGUAUUGGUGUAGGCUGCAGAACGAAGAUCACGUGUUACAAUCCGAGGGAUGUGAUAAGAAAUCUACAACGAAAGAUUACCGGCCAAGAUUUCCAACCUAUGACUCCGUGGUUUAGGGAUUUCAAGGGAGAAGUUCAUAGUUUAGAAGACCGUAAAUUUAUAACUUUUGGAGAAAUUGAGAUACUCGACGAAACAACAGUUCUGAUUUCCGAGUUACCUGUUGGCGUAUGGACACAGAACUACAAAGAGAACGUUCUCGAGAAAUUGCUCAACCCUGCAGUUCGCACGAAAAAGUCCAAGAGGGCGGAAAAACCAUCGAUUAAAAUACUAGGGUUUAAAGAAUUCCAUACCGAGAAAGAUGUUCGCUUCGAAGUUUCCGUUCCAGAGGAUGAAUUGGAAAAAUACAAGAAUACUUUGCACGAAACGUUCAAACUCGCAUCAAUUAUUUCAAAUACGCCGAUGUGUGCUUUUGAUUCCAACGGCGAGUUGAAAAGCUUUUCGUCGGUGCAGGAAAUCCUCGCAGAGUAUUACGUCGUUCGGUUGGAAAUGUAUCAACGCAGAAAAAUCUACCUGCAAGAUCUUCUAGAGGCAGAAAUUUCGAAGCUGUCAAAUCAGACCAGAUACAUCGAAGAAGUGUACGCGAGGGAUUUGCAGAUUUACGGUCGUUCCAAGCAGACCAUUCUCGAAGAGCUGCAAUGUCGUGGAUAUCUAAGUGACCCGGUUCGAAAGUUCAAGGAGAGAAGAGGAAUAAUUACUAACGACGAAGACAAUACGAAUAAAAAGCUCGUGACCGACCUACAGAAAGAUUUCCAUUAUUUGCUCGGUAUGGAUUCAUGGUCAGUUACUUUAGAAGAGAAAACCCAGUUAAUACGAAAAGGCUACGAGAAGAAGAUCGAACUCGAAUCUAUGAAGAAAAAAGAAGCGACCGAUCUUUGGUUAAUGGACUUGGAUGCUCUUCUUGCUAAACUGAGUGAGAUAGGAAAACUAGAGGCUGAAACUAGUCCACGAAGUUCUGGUGGUGAGCGCGUUGUUCCAGUAGUAGACGCUUAUAAACGAAGCCCGAAACCCUUCGAAGAUGGUCCUAGUACUUCUGGUACUCAGAAAGAAGAGAACCCGAAAAAAGCGGACAAGCAGCCGAAAAAGAAGUCAGCGAAAAAAGCAACUCCGUCUUCUCCUGAAGUAGAUCUCUUUCAACCAUCCGAGUAUUGCGCUAGAGGAAGAUACAAAUUACCCGACAACUACGAACCUCCUCAACUAAGAUCUACUCGUAAUCCAGCGUCUAAACCUAUAAUCCAGGAUGUUGAUACUGAGGACGAAGACGAUGAACGAGAUAGAUACGAGUAUCAAUCUCAUGAAGACGGAUCAUCGAAUGAAAGAGCUGGAUCUUCGACUGAAAAGGAACCACAACGAGGACACCAAAAGCCAAGUCCUAGCGAUACUCAUGGAAAUCAGGAAUCUGACGACAAUCAAGAUUACAAAGAUAGGCUACGACCAAGGAGAACCCAGAAUAAACGUUAGCCAAGAAUCCAUCAUGUCCAACAAGUCAUCAGUCAUCUAUCGUCCUUAUUUUAGUCAAUUUUUAUCGUUUUAUCCGAGUCGAUGUUUUAGAAAUUAAUUUGUUCUAUUUUUUUCAAUUAUUUAGUUUUAUUUCACCUCUUUGAUUUAAUUUAUGAUGAUUAUUUUCCAUGUAAUUUUCUACUACUUGGUUUUAUAUCUCGUGGUUGAUACCUAAUAAGUCAACUUUUUAUACUUGGGUAUUUUUUUUUUGGUAUGUUUUUGAAAGCUCAUCCUAGUUGAUAAAUAUUUCAAGUUUUAUUUUGUUGAGUUUUCCUCCUCUUUAAUUCUCUAUUAAGUUUUUCAUGGUGAUAUACUGUACCUACUUAUUAGUUGAUGAUAAUAAGUCAACCUUUUUACAUUCGAGUAUUUUUUUCACGUGUUUUUGAAACACUCAUUGUAGUUUUUUCUAUUUUACCUCUUAAUAUUAUUUUAUUCAUUGUUUCUCUUUAUCAAAUUAUUUCUUUUAGAUUGAUAAGUACAUCCAAUCGUUGUAAAUAAGUCAACCUUUUUUUAUAUCUUAGUAUUUUUUCACGUGCUUUUAUGAAACUGGUCGAAAUACCUGUUUUGAAAGUUAGAUAUUCGUAUCCAGACCUCUUUUGUCACUUGUUUUUUGGGAGCACUCUAAUUCUCGAAAGUUGUUUGUCCAUAAUUUUUCGAACCCUCUACCCACCAAGAUUUUCGCUUUCUUUGUUUGAAAAGUUCACUUUUUGUUCAAAAAUUGCCAAA